CUGAGGCCCCACACGUGGCGCAGGCGCAGUGUCCGCGAUUCGCCAUGCCGACUGUCAGCGUGAAGCGAGACCUGCUCUUCCAAGCUCUGGGCCGGACCUACACUGAUGAAGAAUUUGACGAGCUAUGUUUUGAAUUUGGUUUGGAACUUGAUGAAAUUACUUCUGAGAAGCAAAUCAUAAGUAAGGAACAAGGCAAUGUAAAGGCAGAGGGGGCCUCAGAUGUUGUGCUUUACAAGGUUGACGUGCCUGCCAACAGAUACGAUCUCCUAUGUCUGGAAGGACUGGCUCGGGGACUCCAAGUCUUCAAAGAAAGGAUAAAAGCUCCAGUAUAUAAACGAGUAAUGCCUAAGGGAGAAAUCCAAAAAUUGAUUAUCACAGAAGAGACAGCUAAAGUACGUCCAUUUGCUGUAGCAGCCGUUCUCCGGAAUAUCAAGUUCACGAAAGAUCGAUACGACAGUUUCAUUGAACUUCAAGAGAAACUACACCAGAAUAUUUGCAGAAAAAGAGCAUUGGUUGCUAUUGGCACUCAUGACUUGGACACUUUAUCAGGCCCAUUUACUUUUACUGCAAAACGUCCUUCAGAUAUCAAAUUCAAGCCUCUGAAUAAGACCAAGGAGUAUACAGCUUGUGAACUAAUGAAUAUAUACAAGACUGACAACCACCUUAAGCAUUAUUUACAUAUCAUUGAAAAUAAGCCCCUGUAUCCAGUUAUCUAUGACAGCAAUGGUGUGGUCCUCUCGAUGCCUCCAAUAAUAAAUGGGAAUCAUUCAAAAAUAACAGUAAAUACUAGGAAUAUAUUUAUUGAAUGCACAGGAACUGACUUCACUAAGGCAAAAAUUGUGCUUGACAUUAUUGUCACCAUGUUCAGUGAAUACUGUGAAAAUCAGUUUACAGUUGAAGCAGCUGAAGUAGUUUCUCCUAAUGGAAAAUCAAGUACCUUUCCAGAGCUGGCUUACAGAAAAGAGAUGGUGAGAGCUGAUUUAAUUAACAAGAAAGUUGGAAUCAGGGAAUCUCCUGCAAACCUUGCCAAGCUCCUGACCAGAAUGUGUCUAAAGUCAGAAGUCAUAGGUGAUGGCAAUCAGAUUGAGGUUGAAAUUCCUCCCACCAGAGCCGACGUUAUCCAUGCCUGUGACAUCGUGGAGGACGCAGCUAUUGCCUAUGGAUAUAACAACAUUCAGAUGACUCUGCCGAAAACAUACACCAUAGCUAAUCAAUUUCCUCUCAACAAGCUCACGGAGCUCCUCAGACUUGACAUGGCUGCUGCUGGCUUCACUGAAGCUCUUACUUUUGCCCUGUGCUCCCAAGAAGAUAUUGCUGAUAAACUUGGCUUGGAUAUCUCUGAAACAAAGGCAGUUCACAUAAGUAAUCCCAAAACUGCUGAGUUCCAGGUGGCGCGCACUACCCUUCUUCCUGGCCUUCUAAAGACCAUUGCGGCAAACCGAAAGAUGCCACUUCCUCUCAAACUGUUUGAAAUCUCUGACAUUGUAGUAAAAGAUUCUAGCAAAGACGUAGGUGCGAAAAACUACAGGCAUCUCUGUGCUGUUUAUUACAACAAGAAUCCUGGGUUUGAGAUCAUCCAUGGGCUCCUGGACAGAAUUAUGCAGCUGCUUGAUGUGCCUCCUAGUGAGGAGAAGGGGGGCUACGUGAUCAAAGCAUCAACAGGGCCACCCAUAUGGUUUCCAGGUGACAGCUGCCGAAGACCAGAGGCUCUAGCAGCCCCUCUCUUCACUUGGCUCAUGGCUUCUUGGGCACAUUAUAAAGCCCUUGUGAGUUCAGGUUUAACGUUGCAUCAUGCUGCAACCCUGCCCCGCCCUUGACGAGGAGAGGACCGAGUUGGGCUUGUUACAGAAGUGCUGGCUUUCUCUGAACACCUUCCCUGGGAAGACUCUGGCUUUGCUCCAACCAAGGAGACCCUGAUGUCACAGCAAGAGGAGAAGCAGCAAGGUUGGCAGAUGUGUUGAGUGUGUGAAAAAGCAUCACAGCCGGAACUCCUCGAGCCACCGUUGCUUUUCUUAUUUGUUUUCGCAUGCCACAUAGACAGGCGUGGAGAAGGAAGAGGAAUUUUUGGCUUCACAUAGCUCCCUUGUCUCAUGUGGCUAUGGCUUUAAGAAUUUAAUAUUCUAUUCGUGGCCCACAUUCAGCUCUCGUUCUUCGUAUGCAUGUAAGUAUGUGAGUCUGUACUACAGGUGCCCCACUUGAAGAAAACAACGGAUGUAUAGUAAGCCCAAACUAACUUAUUAAAGUCUUAUGUUGGUGAGGAA